AUGGCGAAUUCAAACCAUCCAGAUAGUGCGAACCCUCAGAAUAUGUCAACUAAUAGUGGUGAUCCACCCCCAGUUCUUCCGAUGGGGGGACCAACGGUUCUAGCAACUGUUUCUGAACCUAUAGCGUCAAUGGCAAGUUCGAUGCCUACGAAUUCGAUUGCUCACACGGGGCCUAUCCUGAAUUUUAUUAGGCCAAGGGGCCCUCCACAGACUCCCCCACCAAUAGGGACUUCUAUGUUUACACCUUUUAUGCCUCCUAGGUUUUCGAUGCCGUCAAGUGGUCGAGAUCAACCCUACGGAAUUCCAACUUCGAUGAUGGCAAACUUACAAAGCGCCCUUCCAGUAUUUUCAGAACCUGUGAUGACUUCGCCGUUACAGGGACCGGGUUCUGGGGCGAACAUGGGUCGAAAUACCCAGCCCUUAGGAAUGGGAUAUUCUACCCGUACGCCAAACUUGACGAAUAACUUUGCUGCAGUCAUCAGACAACAAAUGGAUGAGAGUAACCAUGGCAUAGUUCAGAUGUUGGCCCAAACUAUGGGGACAAUCCUUAAUCCUCUAAUCCAAAAUACUACCUAG